AUGCACUACUCGUCUUGUACGCGCAAAUAAUUUUUUAAAUCUAGUGCUCUGGCACUAGAUAUAAAAAUACGCCAUUAAAACUCCUUGUCUUUUAUUUCUAUAGCUCUCUUCCUCAAAAAAUCCUAUAAAACUCUCAAAAUUCCGAAGCACCAAUUUCAAUAUAAAUAUUAGGUCAUGGAUAAUAACAUGCAACAAGCUGCUGUGAUGAAUAAUAACAUUCAACAACCUCCUGUUAGUCUCCCAACCCCUCAAGGUUAUCCUCCACAAGCUUACCCAAAUGGGAUGUAUCCUCCCCCACAAGUAUAUACUCCCCAGGCCCAAGGGCAUGGAUACCCACAAGGAGUAGGAUAUUACCCUCCUCACCCCCAACCCCAAGGUUAUCCUCCGCCCAUCGGAAUGGGAUAUCCACCACAAGGUUACCCUCCACAAAGUUGUCAUCCUCCACAAUAUGGUGCACCCCCACAAGGGCAAGGAUAUCCUCCUCAAAAACAAAAACAAAAUCAAGCUGCUACUGGUGUCAUGGGAGGAUGGUAUGUCUUAUAUUUACAAUCACCUUAUAUCAUUCACCGUUGUCCUCCUAGUUUGCAAGCUUAUUGGUUUGGCUGCUUUGUGUUGCUGUUGUCUCUUAGAUGCAUGUCUUGAAUGAAGGAUCAAUGAUUUAUUUUUUUUAACCGCAAGUGAUCUACAACAGAAGGUGAUUCCCAGCUAUAGGGUUGAAGUAAGGAUCAUCGAAGAAUCUCGUGAAGGUCAUAUCCUUGAUACACGAUUUGAUGAACCAAGACCCCCUUCAUGUGUGCUUAAAAAUGCAAUGCUUUCAAUUAGAUGCCUUGCCAACACUUAAUUUUGAGAGAUUGUGUUAACGCAGAUGAUAUAAUUUUGUUAAUCCUCAUGAUCGGAUUACAAUUCUACAUUCGUGUAGGUUUACUCUUGGUGUCUUAACAAGAUGGAAAUGUAAAUCAGGGAGAAAACGUGGCACAUUUUGGAAUAAAAAAUUGUGGCAUAUUCAAUAUAGUUUUGAUGUUUUGCUCUUUCUUUCCAUCUAAAAC